AUGUCGGCCCCAGCGAAUGCGUAUAAGGAGCUCGCCCAUAUCCUCCAAAGCAGAGGCGAUCGCACCCUUGAGAUCGAGAUUCUGCCGCCGGAUCUUGGACCACUCCUUCAAGAUGGAUGUUCGGUAGGCAUCACCAAGAAAUACCUGGUGCAGGCCUUUGUCGCUGCACGGAGCAUUUUUUUCAAGCAUCUGGGUUCCGUUUCCAACCUCAGGACUCCCGUGGUCGAGGGCGAUGCCACUUCUUACGAUGAUCCGUCCAUCGCCUCGGAAAUCAUCUUGCUCUUCGACUGCGAGCAUCUUACAGCGUGUAAUUGGCGGAAGAAGCAGCUCGAUGCUCUGAUCCGCCGCCAGGACCCCCAGGACUCAAAUGACGCUGACCGAGAGAGACUGGUGCGCGACUUGGAAACAGAACGCUCGCUCUUGACGACCUAUCUUUGUUCCCCGCUGCAUCGGCAUACCAAGUCCCCGACACUUUGGCAACAUCGCUUAUGGCUGUUGGAGCAUAUGCUCACGAUUUAUUCGUUGGAUGUGCCAUCUCAACCACUACAAACUGCUCCUCUCCAGCCGAAGACGCCUCUGAAUCUCGAGCAGAAGAUAUACGAACUAUUUCAGGUGGAACUGACGGUUGUUCUCCGCGCCGGGGAGCUGCAUCCGCGAAACUACUACGCUUUCAGCUCCAUGCGCCAGCUCCACGCUGCCAUGGCCGGUAAAUUGGAUGAGAUAGAGGAUAUUACAGACAGCGCCUCCCGGCUGGCGUUGGCAGUCACCGACCGCACUUUGGACUGGUGCCUUGCCCAUCCGACGGAUAUCUCUGGUUGGAUGUUCAUGCUUUAUCUGCUGGAGGCUAUUCCGGACAAUAACAUACACCUGAAUAUUAUUGACAAAGCCGUUAUGUUUGGUCUGCAUGUCCGGUGGGAGGGUGAAAGUCUUUGGACGUUUGUCCAGUUGGCAAGUAGGGUGCUUGGUGUGGAGGAGGCUGUCUGGGAACAUCUCAACACAAACCAGCCGCUUGAGUUGAUAGAUUUUGCCCAGGUGAAUCACGAGAGAAAGAAUGGCCUAGUAACUCUGCAGAAAUCAUGGAAGACCUGGAUGGCCAGAGCGAAGGAUUGUUGGACUGUUGACCGACCGACUGGGGGCAUCGGCGCCACUGGGUGA